AUGUGUUUGUUCAAAUCACGUGAUUUUGAGAUGACUGAUUCUCAGUAUGAGCACGCGCUUGCUGUGGAAAGGGUUGUGACGGGUUUAGCUGCUUUGAGGAUUGAGCUUUGUCCAGUGUACAUGAGCGAGUAUUGCUUCUGGAGGAUUUACUUUGUGCUUAUGCAUAUUUGGUUCCUACGGUGGAGGAGCUAA